AUUUAUUUGCCAUUCAAUUUGGAAUUGGGGCUCUGGCUGCAUUUGUCUUUCUCUUCAAGAGAGUCUUUCUCCUUCUAGUCUAGGGUUUGAGAGGAGGCUUUUUGUCACCUCAAGGGAGGAAAAUAAAUAAUAAAUAAUAAAUAAAAUAAAACAGAAGGCACAGUCUUUAACAGAAAUGAAUAGAUGUAUAUAUGACUUGUCAUCUCGUUUGCAUUGGUGAAUUUUUGUCAAUAUUAUGCAGUGUAUUUUUCGCUUCUGCUAUAAAUCUUUCUGGUAUAUUAUGCAGUGUUAUGAUUCUUGCGAAGAAAGUAGAAAAGAAAUUAGAGAUAGUAAAGGGAGACUGGGAGAGGGACUUUAAGCUUGGUUGUUUGAAUGAUUUUUCUUACCAAGAUCUGACUGUCUAAUUUCUUAUUUGUCUGAUGGAUGUUUUAGCUUAGUGAAGCAGAACUACCUGCAAAACUGUCAAGCAGAGGUUGAGAUGGAAGUUGUUCCAAGAGAGGUUGAUAAUGCUCUGUCUGGUCCAAGGCCAAUGGAAUGGUCUGUUGUUCCACAUGCUCCUCAGCACAUGAAAGGAAUGGAAACAAACGGACAUCUAGUCUGGAAUCACCAAUCAUGUUGCUGACUGGUCAUCAGAGUGCUGUAUACACCAUGAAGUUCAAUCCUGCUGGAACUGUUAUUGCAUCUGGGUCUCAUGACAAAGAAAUUUUCCUUUGGAAUGUGCAAGGGGACUGCAAAAACUUUAUGGUACUAAAGGGACAUAAGAAUGCAGUACUGGAUCUUCAGUGGACUACUGAUGGGACCCAGAUAAUAUCAGCCAGCCCUGACAAAACCUUGAGAGCAUGGGAUGUAGAAACUGGUAAACAAAUUAAGAAGAUGGCAGAACACUCGUCCUUUGUGAAUCCAUGCUGUCCUUCACGCAGGGGACCACUGCUUGUUGUCAGUGAAUCUGAUGAUGGAACUGCCAAACUUUGGGACAUGCGUCAGAGGGGUGCGAUCCAAACAGUUCCAGAUAAAUAUCAAAUUACAGCUGUUAGUUUCUCUGAUGCAUCAGAUAAGAUUUUCACUGGUGGUAUUGACAAUGAUGUCAAGGUUUGGGACUUGCGUAGAGGUGAAGUUACGAUGACACUUCAAGGUCAUCAAGAUAUGAUAACUGGCAUGAGUCUAAGUCCUGAUGACCCACUUAUUGCCGAUGACAGGCGGGUUCUUGUUCCUGAUCUCGUUGCUGGGGCUGACGCUACAUUGCGCAGAAACAAUUUCGUGGUUCCCAUCUAUUGGACCCCGAUGUUCUUCCUCAUCGUGGGACUCAUCAUCUUCAUGGACUUUACCACAUUCGUUAUUCUGGUUACAAAGGAUGCCGCUAGAAAGGAGUUUUCCACAAAAGGGUGUUCGUAGCACAGGACCGUUGAUUACACCAGUUAGUUGAAGAACCAUUUUGGCAAUGGGAAGAAGAAGAAUCUAUUUUGGAGUUUGCUUGAUGGACACCCAUAUCUGUUACCGCGAUACAGGUAUUUGUUUAAAAAAAAGGUUAUAUUUUU